UAUAAAAGUCAUGUGUCAUAUUCAAUUGGAAACGUCAAAACGAAUAGGUUAUUAUGUCUGUCACAAUAUAUUUUUGAAAAAUGGAUGAUUUACAGCUUUCUGAUACGUUACAAAGGUAUUUUUCAGAUGUUUUCUUGUGUUGUGAUGAAGAUAAUUCCGGUAAAGCAUCCUUAACAAAGACAAUUGAAUUAAUUCAAUCGGGGAGUGUACCCGAAGAUGUCAUUUCACAAAUAUCAGAUAUUUGCUGGGCUCUCGGUAGUAACUACUUGAAUAAAAAACAAUUUUUUUCUGCACUGAAGCUGGUGGCAGCUUAUCAAGCCAACAUUCCUGUUAGAAGUGAAGUAUUAACUUCAAAGGUUGAACUUCCCUUGCCUCGUUUUACUUGGACUGUUAUUGAUAAUAAAAGUCCCAUAGGAGAUUUAAUUGAACUUAGGCAUCAUCCAAAUGAUUACACAGAACAAGUGGAUACUGCCAGUACAGAUUCAGAAAUAGAGAGUGAGACUGUAAGAAAUGGUUCUCCAGAUAUGUCUAGUGCAACCUCAGAUAGUCCUACUCCAACUAAUAGUGUUCAAGAUAGGAGUUGGGUUGUGUCGGGAGUGUGGCAUGGACUUAUUUCUGAGGAACAGAGGCAGUUAUUAGGAACUGAAGAAGAAUCUUCUGAAAAGCACAGCAGUGAAGAAGAUACUGAAGUUUCAAGUGAAGUAUGGACCAUAACUAAUGAACAAAGAGAAUAUUACACCAAUCAGUUUAGAUCCCUCCAACCUGACACUAAUGCCUUAUUAGCAGGUCCUAUAGCUAGAACCUUCUUUGAAAAAUCCCGCCUUCCCAUUCACGAACUAAGGAAAAUCUGGCAGCUAGCAGAUGUUACUAAAGAUGGAGCACUUUCUUUACAGGAAUUCAAUACAGCAAUGCAUCUGGUUGUCCUUAGAAGAAAUCAUAUUGAACUACCCGAUGUUCUACCACCUACUCUAGUACCUGGAAAUGAAACUCCACUUUCAGUUAGUCCUGAAACUGAACCUAUAUUAUCCCCUCAGACUAAAGAUACAGCUAAAGAGUGGACCAAAUUUAUUGAUAGUCCUACCAGUUCCGUGUCUUCUCCAGGACCCAAACCAGUAAAUUUUGACUUUCAAAAAGUUACUUUAGAUAAGGAUUCCAAAAUACUCCACCCUGUACCAUUACGCCUUACCCCAGAAGUUGCCAGUAAUAAUCAUGUAGAAGAUCAAACUGAUGGUAUGGAUUUGCAUAGCCCAAAAAAAUUUUCAGAAAACGCGCUCUCGCAAAAUUUACAGAACUUGAAUAUUGGAGCACAAAAUAGUGCCAUACAACGUCCUCAAGCAAAGAAAAUAAAUAUUCCCGGACCAGGAGCAAUUCCCCCUCCCCCUCCUAAUAAUCAAAAUAAUGCUGAAGAAGGUCCUGUAAGCCUUCCUGCCUUCCCUCCACCAAAAAAGGAAAAACCUCCCCCUCCACCACCUAGACCAUUUAAAACCCAUGGUCGAAGUUCUUCUCUAGACUUAAAUAGGCUUAGUAAACUUGGGGCGCCGCCGACAGUUCCCCCUAGGAUUAGUCCUAAUAUUCAAGGAACCAAGAAACUAAUCAACCAAAGAUCUGAAGGGGAUUCCUCUUCUCAUGCAGAAGCGUUUGCUAAUUUUGAACAAUUCGAAUUUGAGAAAUAUGAAAACGUAUCUGAAGGAAUAUUCAGAGGAGAUGUUUAUGAAGCUGAAAGAAAAAAACUUUUUGCACAAUUUUCCCAACCAAGUACUAGUGAAGAAGCGCCGAGAAAACACGGCGCUUUUGAAAUCUACAGAAAACCCCAAGUGAACAGCAGUCCCGUAUCUCAAGAAGACAAAGCCAAGUGGCAGCUGUUCCAACAGCUACAAGAAGAAAAUACCGUAUUAUUAAGGAUUUGUCAAGAACUUAGUCAAGAAUUGGCCGAACUAAGGGAAGAAAAGUUAACUUUGAAAGUUAGAUUGGAGAAACAAUUGAGUGGAGGUUAAUAAGUAAAAAAUCGGUAGUAAUUAUUUUUUAAUAUAAUAUAGGUUUCGAUAAAGUGAAUGUCUGAUUUAUGUAAUUGUAGUUUUUUAUAAUCUAUUCUCUAUGAUGGUUGAUUGGAGAUUUAAAUGUAACUGAACUUUGAUAUUUGCUUUUGCAUUGAAAUUAGUUGACAAAAAGGUAGUUUUCUCAUCAACCAUUGGACGAUCAUUUAAUUGAAUAUCUAUCCAGCUCCUAUAUUACUAAAUAAUAAUCUUUACUACGUCAAUUCAACUUAAUAAAUGGGAAAUGUUUAGCCUAUCCUGUACCUAAAGUUAAAAGAUUUGCGUCCUGUAAGCUCGUUGCUAGCAGUUGCAAAAGUCCUCAAAAGAGCAGUGCACACUCAGGAUUCCGUAGGGGGCAUAGUACAACAACUGCAAUGUUAAAUAUCACUGACAACAUAAUAAGAGCACUUGAUAAAGAAAAAUCUGUCAUAUCUAUCUACUUCAAGGCAUUUGAUGUGCUGGAUCAUGAUCUUUUUUGUGCAAAUUGGGAUUUGAUAUAAAAUCUUUUAAUUUUUCUGGGUCUUACUUAAAAAGAA